UCAAUUCGCGACAGAUCCCAUUUAAGUGAGACAGCAAGGGAUGGGGGCGAUGGGGAGGAGUGAGGGUGCGGUGGCCGAGGCGGAGGCGCUGCGAAAGGCGAUCCUGAGUGGCUGCAGAGGACGGAGCGCGAGGAAAACGGGUCCGGUCGGCGUCCGGCGGAGCAGGGACGGCGACGGAGGAGGCCGGAUCGAGGGGCGCGCGGUGUGCGUCACCGGCGGCGUCUCCUUCGUCGGGUCCGCCCUCGUGGACCGCCUCCUCGACCGUGGCUAUGCGGUUCGCCUCCUCGUCGAGACUCAAGAGGAUUGGGAUAAACUCAGGGAGACAGAGACCUUAUGGGGCGGCGUGUCGGCGGUGAUGGCCGACAUGACGGACAUGGAUAGCUUGUGCCGGGCGUUCGAUGGCUGCACCGGUGUCUUCCACACCUCGAGUUCACUGGAUCCCGGCGGCAUAUCCGGCUACUCCAAGCAUAUGGCCGAGAUCGAGGUACGAGCGGCAGAGCGAGUGAUCGAAGCCUGUGUCAGAACCGAGUCAGUGAGGAAGUGCGUCUUCACCUCGUCUCUGUUGGCUUGUACAUGGCGACAGAGCGAUCCUCGUAGCCGCAGGGUCGUCGACGAGAGCUGCUGGAGUGAUGAACAGCUCUGCCGGGAUAAGAAGCUGUGGUACGCACUGGGCAAGACGAUGGCAGAGAAGGCGGCUUGGGAAGCUGCUGCUCGAGGAAGACGGGACUUGAAGUUAGCGACGGUGUGCCCGGCUCUUGUCACCGGGUCUGGAUUCCAUCGUCGCAACAUCGCUGCCUCCAUCGCCUACCUCAAAGGAGCUCGUGAGAUGUUUGCAGAAGGAUUGCUGGUUACCGUCGAUGUGGAGAAGCUGGCCGGCGCUCACGUAUCGAUCUACGAGGCAAUGAGCAGCCACGCAUGCGGCCGAUACAUCUGCUACGACUAUGUCAUCGAAAGAGGGGAGGCCGAGGAAUUGGAGCGGCGACUCGGCAUUCCGAGCAGAAUCUUGCUAUCUGGAGAGACGGCUGCCCCCUGCUCGCCGUCGUCGGAGCUCUCAAACCAGAAGCUCUUCAGGCUGAUGAACUCAGGGAGGAAGUGCACGUUUGAUGUCUACUCCGAUCUUACAUGGAAUUGAGUAUAGUAUGAUGUUUUACUGCUGGCUGCAAGCAGUAAUGAGAUUAUAGGUAGCUAAUGAGAGUUUGAGGAAAGGAGAAUUUUGUCCAUAGCUGGGGAGUUAAAUUGUGAUGGGAAGAUGUCACAGGCACAUGAUAGAAAAAUGCCUGCCUACAGGUAUACAACGUCCGACUUAAGACAUGUACAGUAGAAUUCUUUGUUCUGGUUAAAGAUACUGCAUAUGAAUGAUAUCACAGACAGUUUAUAAAAA